UGAUCGAGCAACUGCUUGAUAUCGACACACAGUUGUGCCCGUGUUCGUGAGUCCGUGGAUGCAUCUACGCACACCACACCACACCAACAGACAGACAGACAGAAAGAAAAGACAGCCGCGGACGGAUACGACACCCACACGGAGAGGAGAGAGCAUGUAGCCGCACCGCACACACGCCCCGUGAUGUAGCUGGUGCUGUUCUGUGCUGCCCUGCCCUGCCCCCAUUUAUAUGCCCCCUUCACCCUCUUCAUCCCUGGCUCAGGGCUCCACUAAUUACAGCCAAAGUUGCAACCAGGGUACGGAAAGCACACACAUCCCCCCCACGGUCAUCCAUCCAUCCAUCCAUCCAUCCAUCCACACGUGAGCUAUGCAUCCAAUCAGAUCAAUCCAAGGGUUCGUCCGUCCGUCUAAGCUAUGCUAUGCACACAUCCAAUUUAUCCAGGCCAGGAGCGCUAUCUGUGACUGACAGGAAAACUCGACCCGCUCACUCCGAAGGAGGAGGGGGAGGGGGAGGGGGACGGGGCGGGGAAGACCCUGUCAGGCAGGAUCACGCACAUAGACAGACACAGAAAACAAGAUAGGUAGGUUACAUACAAAAGUUGAUAUGUGUAUAUCUAUCUCUGUGUGUAUGUGUAUGUGUGCUUCGUCAGACUGCUCACCCUGAGAGUUGGUAUCGCUGCCAGCAGCGCCUCCCUGCAGCUGCUGCAGCUGCAGCUGCAGCUGCAGCAGGCUAUUCUGUACAGCAUCGUGUCCGCUGGUGCCGUGGAUGUGGUAGGGGGGCGGUGGCUGAGGGGCACUGGGGGGCGCCACAAACCCCAUCAGCCGCAUCAUGGCAGUAGUGCCAUCAUACUGAGUGCCGGAGGCAGCGCUGAGCUGUGGCGAUGAGUGUGACAUGGGCGUGGCCCACCCCGACAGCUGCUGGGGGUCGGACACGUCGUAUGCCGGGGCGGCCGAGCUCCGGGGCGAAGAGAAGUCCAGAUUGAAGGGUGGCGAUGCGGGCUGGCUGAAGGGUGAGGGGGAGGGCUGUGUGGUGGUGGUGGUGAAGGGCGAGGGAGACGGCACCGACUGCAGAGUGCCACUCGUGGAACCCGCAUCGUCUGACGAACGAACCGCGGAAGACACAAUACACACAUACACAUGUGGCCCUACCGGGUGUGGUGUGGUGUGAUGUGGGUGUGAGUGACGAGACGGACCUUUCUUUUUGUUACUCAUUUUCAGGAUGAUCUCGGGUCUGACGGUGGAGGACUUGAGCGUCUCCUCGUCGGGCUUGAUGCGAACCGCACCAGCAGGCGCAUGCGACUCUGAACAAAGCAACAACCAUCACCAAAUGAUCUUCCGCUGCCCUCCCCUCCUUGUAACCUGUGCACACCACACCACACGAGUGUGGAGGCUUACCGUGGUGGCAAAACCUGCAGUGGAUGCCCAGGUGACAGCCCUUCGUCCACUCGUACUUGCAGGGAUUGCAUGUACCUGAUGGAUGGAUGGAUCGUCGAUGCGCACACACAUGCCCACAACAGACGAGGAUGAACGUGGGUGGCAGGGGGGAACUGAGUGGCACCCUCAACACAAGCCCAUUCGUUUGCUUUGCUCACCCACCCGCAGAAUGGAAGGUCGUCCCGAACGAGAAGCCGUCCUUCUCCCACCCACGGCUCCUCUGCCCCCUAUUUCCCUCAUGCAUGCCCCGCCGGCCGCCGCGCAUCAUCUGCCGCGACACCGGCGUGUCCAUCUGCCCACCACCAUACACCGACGACUGAGGUGCUGCUGAGCCACUGGCAUACAUAUCAACACCCGCGUCGCUGAGACCAGUACUAGCAAACGACACCAUGCUGCUAAGAGAUUGCCCCAUGGGCAGCUGGGGCAGCUGACUCGCCGCCCCGCCCUGAGUGCCCCCGGAGAGCGCCAUUUCCUGCUGUGCAGGGGGGAAGCUAGCCGUGAGGGUGGGCUGGGCGGCGAGCAGCUGGCUGAGCGAUUGAAUCUGAGCCGGGAGAAGGAAGGGGACCGAUGGGGGGCUGCUGGCAGCCGAAUCUGACGGGGGCGGGGGCGGAGGGGGCGGAGGGAUGCCCCCCUGACCCAUCGGCAGCCGCUUCUGGUACGACUGGAUGGCCGGGUCGAUGGGCCAUCCAGCUCCACCACCGUUAGAGGGAGGCGGCGGCGGCACGCCUGGAGGGAGCGGAGGGGAUGGGGCUGGGUAGGAGGGGCGGUUCUGGCCGCCCUCUGCACGCAUGGCGAAUCUGUCGUCUCCUCCCGUGUUGCCCCUGCCUCCCCGACCCCGUCGGCCGCCCCUGUUGGCCCCCUGGUGGUCUCGUGGGGGGUAGGCCGUCGUGCCCCGCAGACCCUCGUUUCGGUAAUAGAGCACGUUGAUGUUCUUCAGCUCUGCAGCCUGCAUUGCAUGCCGACGCGCAGCACAGGUGACACAGGUGAGGUGAACACACAGACGAGACGUGUGAAUGAGCCGUGUCAGAAGGUGCCUGCGUUGCUUCCUCGCUCACUGACUGACCAGCUCUGGGUCUGGGUCGAGGUCACAUGCCUUCUCCACCGUACGGGCACGCUCCACAUCCAACAUGGAAGGCACCUCUGCCACACACACAGACACAGACACAGACACUCUCACACAUACAAUACAGGUGCUGACACACAACCCCCCCAUCUAUCUAUCUGUCUGUCUGUCUAUCCCGCUUUCCUCUCCCUCCCUGUUGGUCGUGCCGUGCACUGCAACUACCUGACUGACCCACUAGACCAGCCCCUGACCCACCUGAUUCAUCGAUGGCGGCGCUGCUCGACGAUGGCUCCUGGGCAGCGCUGCUCGAGGGGGGAUCCUGCGGCGGCGGCUCAGUCGCCUCUGUCUGAUGGUGGACGUCGUCGACUGGUACAGGGCUGGGCACUACGCUCUUCUCGGGCACAUCCGUCAGUGCAUCGUGGGGUGCCAUGUGAGGGCUGCAGCUGCUCUGCGUGGCCAGGUGCUCGUCAGAUGCACCCCCCUCAGCGGCCCCACCGCCCUCCUCCUCCUGACCGCCGUCGGCCGCGUACCGCUCGACGUCGAUGUCGAUGAAGCCGUGCUUCCAGUGCUGGCCAAACAUGCGAGUCUCGCGACGAAUCACCUGACGAACCUGCACGCCAGACAGCGACAAGAGGAAGGCACUUCCUUGCGCUGCAGGGGUUUCUUUCGUUGGUUCACCCAGUGUUGGGUUGCCGACCUUUUUCUGCAGGCGGAUGAGUUUGAGCAGCUGGAACUGCGACGGGGCUAGUGCGGGUAUCUGGAUCCUCGGAUCAGCCAAGCCGGCAAACGUGGGCGCAAAAACCGUCCCCCCACCUGCAUAUCACACCACAUGCAACCAGACCAGAGCCGGUGUCAGGUCAGGCAUCCCGGCGAGUCUGGUUUAACUCAUGUACCUUCGCUCGCAGCCCGUCCUGAUGGUUGCUCAUGCUGCUGAGGGUCAUUGGACGGGGCCUCGUGUCUGAGUGACAAGCUGCGAGGCGUGUCUGUCGUCUGUCCUGACACACCGGUGGUUGCCGUUCCAUUUCCUCUGGUCGCCAGUGACGCCGCUUGCCGCAUCAUCACUCGAGCCAUUCACGCCCGACCACGAACAACCCAGAAGCGGAGAAGACAAGUUCUCC